UGAGAGCUGCUGUAAUGGCGGUGUCUCGUCGCUCGUCGCAGCAGCAACAACAGCAAAAUACCUUACAGUCUCCGCCGAGAAACAGCUCUCUUUCUGGCGCUCCUCCGGCCUCUCCGCCGAUGGCUUUGCUGACCUCGGCCGUCGGACCUUCGGAGAAUGAGAGGGAGUGCAGCGGAGGGAUCGAGAUGGCUCUGGCCUCCCCGGACCUACCAGCCCCGGCCCUAGCGAGCAGUGCGAGCUCCACCACGACAACCUCCGGCGGCGGUAGCAGCAGCAGCGUUUCGAGCCCUGGCUCCGGAGCCACCAGCCCCACCGACGGUAGCAGCGGCAUCGGCGGGGCGUUCAGGGAGUUGUUCGAGGCUUGUCGUAACGGAGACGUAUCCAGAGUAAAGAGACUUGUCGAUUCAGUGAAUGUAAACGCGAAGGACAUGGCUGGUCGAAAAUCAACCCCCCUUCAUUUCGCUGCGGGCUUUGGUAGAAAAGAUGUUGUGGAGCACCUUCUGCAGACUGGAGCCAAUGUUCACGCUCGGGAUGAUGGAGGUCUCAUCCCCCUGCAUAACGCCUGCUCUUUUGGACACGCAGAAGUCGUCAGCCUCCUUUUGUGUCAAGGCGCAGAUCCAAAUGCCAGAGAUAACUGGAACUACACUCCGUUACAUGAAGCUGCAAUCAAGGGAAAGAUAGAUGUGUGCAUUGUGUUACUGCAACACGGAGCUGAUCCUAACAUUCGUAACACUGAUGGCAAGUCUGCUCUGGAUCUAGCUGACCCUUCAGCCAAGGCAGUUCUCACUGGUGAAUACAAGAAGGAUGAGCUUUUGGAAGCAGCAAGGAGUGGAAAUGAAGAAAAACUGAUGGCAUUGCUGACUCCAUUAAAUGUCAACUGUCAUGCCAGCGAUGGGCGCAAGGCCACACCCCUCCACCUGGCUGCCGGCUACAACCUCCGCAUCGUUCAGCUCCUUCUCCAGCAUGGCGCUGAUGUUCACGCCAAGGACAAAGGUGGCCUGGUUCCUCUUCACAACGCCUGCUCGUACGGUCACUAUGAGGUCACCGAGCUUCUGCUUAAACAUGGGGCUUGUGUCAACGCCAUGGACUUGUGGCAGUUCACUCCCAUUCACGAAGCAGCGUCUAAGAACCUAGAAGUUUGUUCCCUUCUGCUGAGCCAUGGGGCUGAUCCCACCCUGUUAAACUGCCACAGCAAGAGCGCCGUAGACAUGGCCCCGACUCCAGAACUCAAAGAGAGACUCACCUAUGAGUUCAAAGGUCACUCGCUGCUGCAGGCAGCCAGGGAGGCUGACGUGGCCAAAGUGAAGAAGACACUGGCUCUGGAAAUUAUCAGCUUCAAACAUCCUCAAACCAACGAAACAGCUCUGCACUGCGCUGUGGCUUCACCCCACCCUAAGAGAAAGGUGACUGAGUUGUUGCUGCGUAAAGGUGCCAACAUCAAUGAGAAGAACAAAGACUUUAUGACUCCCUUGCAUGUCGCUGCUGAGAGAGCUCACAAUGACAUCCUCGAGGUGCUGCAGAAACAUGGAGCGAAGGUCAAUGCUGUGGACACUCUAGGUCAGACAGCUCUUCAUAGGGCGGCACUGGCUGGUCACAUCCAGACCUGCAAGCUGCUGCUGAGUUAUGGGGCAGACCCCUCUAUCGUGUCUCUGCAGGGCUUCACUGCUGCUCAGAUGGGUAACGAGCCGUACAAACAGAUUCUCAAUGAAAAUGUUCCCACGCGUAACUCUGAUGUAGACUACAGAUUUCUGGAGGCGGCUAAAGCAGGGGAUCUGGAUACAGUGCAACAACUUUGCACCCCCCAGAAUGUAAACUGUCGGGACUUGGAGGGCCGCCACUCUACUCCUCUCCACUUCGCAGCUGGCUACAACCGAGUGGCUGUUGUUGAGUACCUGCUACAUCAUGCUGAUGUUCACGCCAAAGACAAGGGUGGCCUUGUUCCCCUCCACAAUGCCUGCUCCUAUGGUCACUAUGAGGUGGCUGAGCUGUUGGUCAGAACUGGGCCAGUGAAUGUCGCCGACCUUUGGAAGUUCACCCCUCAUGAGGCUGCAGCCAAAGGAAAAUAUGAAAUCUGCAAACUGCUGCUCAAACAUGGAGCCGACCCAACCAAGAAGAACCGUGAUGGCAACAUGCCACUGGACAUGGUGAAAGAUGGAGACACGGACAUCCAGGACCUGCUGAGGGGUGAUGCCGCCCUGCUGGAUGCUGCCAAAAAGGGCUGCCUGGCCCGGGUUCAGAAACUGUGCUCUCCAGAAAACAUCAACUGCAGAGACACACAGGGGCGCAACUCCACACCGCUCCACCUCGCAGCUGGCUACAACAACCUUGAGGUGGCAGAGUAUCUGUUAGAGCAUGGGGCCGAUGUCAACGCGCAAGACAAAGGAGGCCUUAUCCCUCUUCAUAAUGCUGCUUCUUAUGGGCACGUGGACAUUGCAGCCCUUCUGAUCAAAUACAACACGUGUGUGAAUGCUACAGACAAAUGGGCUUUCACACCCCUCCAUGAAGCAGCCCAGAAGGGUCGUACGCAGCUCUGUGCAUUGCUGCUGGCUCAUGGAGCCGACCCCACCAUGAAGAACCAGGAGGGACAGACUGCUCUGGAUUUGGCGACGGCUGAUGAUAUCCGAGCCCUGCUGAUGGAUGCCAUGCCACCGGAUGCUCUGCCCAGCUGCUUCAAGCCUCAGGCAACAGUGGUCAGCGCCUCUGUCAUCUCCCCUGCCUCCACGCCAUCCUGUCUAUCAGCUGCCAGCAGCAUAGACAACCUCGCCGGGCCCCUCACUGAGCUGGCUGCUGCCGCUGCCACCGGGACCUCCGGGGUAGCAGAUGGAGCCACAGGCACUGAUCGCAAGGAAGGGGAAAUGGCAAUGCUGGACAUGAACAUAAGUCAAUUCCUGAAGAGCCUGGGUCUGGAGCACCUAAGGGAUAUCUUUGAGAGAGAGCAGAUCACCCUGGACGUGCUGGCUGACAUGGGCCACGAGGAGCUGAAGGAGAUUGGGAUUAACGCAUAUGGCCAUCGACACAAGCUUAUUAAAGGAGUUGAGAGGCUGCUGGGCGGCCAGCAAGGUGCCAACCCGUACCUCACAUUCCACUGUGCCAGCCAGGGAACCAUUCUUAUAGACCUCGCCCCGGACGACAAGGAAUACCAGUCAGUGGAGGAGGAGCCCAUCAGAGAGCACAGAGAUGGAGGCAAUGCUGGUGGUGUCUUCAGUAGAUACAACAUCAUCAAGGUCUAUUCAAAGGUGGUAAACAAGAAGCUGAGGGAACGUUACACCCACCGACAGAAGGAGAUCGCAGAUGAGAACCACAAACCAUCACAACGAGCGGAUGUUGUUCACGGUUCCCCGUUCAUCAAUGCCAUCAUCCACAAAGGCUUUGAUGAGCGCCACGCUUAUAUAGGAGGGUUUGGAGCAGGCAUCUACUUUGCAGAGAACUCCUCAAAAAGCAAUCAGUACGUCUACGGCAUCGGUGGAGGGCACCGGCUGCCCAACACACAAGACCGAUCCUGCUACCUGUGCCACAGGCAAAAUGCUUUUCUGCCGAGUGACUUUGGGGAGUCCUUCCUACAGUUCAGUGCUAUGAAGAGCCACGCUCCCCCAGGACAUCAUUCAGUAAUCUGGCGGCGCGUUAACGGCCUAGCUUAUGCCGAGUACGUCAUCUACAGAGGAGAGCAGGGUAAACAAAGGCAUCAGGUCAUAAUAUUAGCAAAAUAACACCUGUGGUGUAUA